AUGGCUGCCGCAGUUCUCCAACCUCCCCAGGGUCUUUCCCUCGAUCGGGAGAUCAUGGACCCUUCUCCCAUGUCUCCGAACGCUUCCAGACACGGCCGUAGUAGGCACGGGGGAAGCGUGUCCAAAAACGCCAAGGGCCGGGGCCGAGGAUACAGCGUCGUGGACGACCGGGAGGUACUGAUCUCCAAGGCCCUCACCUGGCUCCUGAAGAGGACGAUCGAGGCGGGCGAGGAGCAAGGCGAGGGGGAGGAGAAGCUGGUAGCCGACUCCGACGGCUGGGUCGGCUGCCAGGAACUGAAAAGGUCCAACCUCGCCUCGCUCGAAGUCACAUUCCCCGAGCUCAAGGCAUUCGUCGAAUCCCCGGCCUCGAAAUCCCGCUUCGGCCUGAAGCUCCGGCCAGACGCGAAGGAGGUCGAAGACGAGGAGGAGGCCGCCUCCGCCUCCGUGUACCUCAUCAAGGCGAACCCCUCCCCGGCCGGCCCAGCGAGCCCCACUUCUGCCACAACCCCCAAGUACACGCCCAUCUCCCUCACCACCGAAGACCUCCCCGACUUCGUCGUCUACGAGACAUCCUACCCCAACUACCCCUUGAUCCUUGCCUCGGGGGGGAUCAAGCGUGCCGGCGGCCAGGACCUCCUCCAGUUCGCGACCAUCGUCGUCCAGGAGGAUGGCUCCGAGGUCAGAGCCCCCAAGUCGGACGCGGACGUGUCCAUCCACAUCAACCUUCGUCAGGUCAUGGAGGCUGAGCCCAAGAUUCGCUGGGCACGGACUGAUGCCGGUACCGUCGUGACGGCUGGCGAUGUGGACGGUGGCAUCGCCAAGGUGAACUGGAAGAAGGUCGUGGCUCGCCGACCGGAUAUCGGUGUUCUGUACGAGAAUGGGGAGGUCAGAAAGGAGAUCCCCAUUGGGCUUCGUGGCAAGGGUGCCAAGCCCAAAAAGGGAGGUAAGGGCAAGGGAAAGGGUGCGGUGAAGGAGAUGAAGGCUCGUAGCGACGACGAAGACACUGCCAGCGAUUAG